AGACACUCACCACGUUGUACAUAAACCGCUCGUGAUGGUGGUUUGGAUUGGUUUGAUGCGAAUCGAUUCUAUCGUCUUUGCUCAAACUCAACUAACCGAGGGUUCUGUUUCCGUUUUACUCAUUUGUUAGUUUAAUGAAGAACGCCAACACUAGACUUACAGUCUAGCAAGACAUGGCCUACACGAGAUAUAGCGAUAAAGGUGAAACCCGAAAUGGUAGCGCUAUGGUUGACAUAUAAGGGAAAAGAAAAGGAAGUUAUAACAAAAACAUCAUCCAAACAAGAUGCUAUUAGGAAGCAUUCAGUUCAGAUCAGACGCAAUGGUAAGCAAAGCGGAUUGAGUGCAAUGUAAUCGGAACGAUCUGAAUGACGUACCUUGUAAGAUGUAAAUUUCAAACAAUUAACCACCAGCACCAAAAGAUGCACUGAACCCAACCACUCCUUUUCCCUUUCCUCGCUUCCUUCUCAGCAAAUAAACUUCAUUGUGUAUCGGCACGCGGUCUCUCAAAGAGGAUAUCCUAGGAAUGUUUGUCCACAAUGGCGGAAACGAGCUUUAGAUAAUCGGUUUGAUGGGAAUGAAGUGCAUUGUGGACGCUGCGUUGUGAUCAACUGUAAAAUAGAAAAGCAAUUCUGCAUACGGCCGCACCGCAACAAGGCUAUAGGGCUCGCUGUUGCGUUCUGCAAUGAUGCCAUAACGGCAAAUGGCGAAGCACAUCAUUGGCGGAGAUAAUCAGAGCUUCGGGUACGCGGUUGGAGACUAGAUUACGUUAGGACUCUAUUAGGGACCCAAACAGGACAGCAAACUAGGGACAGAGAGUGAACCAUCAACCAACAAGUACCCAAUGUGUUCAAAGGAAAAAUCAAACAAAGUAACAAACAAACAAAACAGAAAUCAAAAUGGAAAGAAGGGAAAAAGGAACGCGUAAAACGGACCGGAUGAGGGUCGGCCAGCCCCGUAUGGGUGUCAGACAACAAGGAUGACACCAUGAUCAUAUACGCUACGCUUAUAAUUGCUGGUUUGUUAUAUAAAUACCUAGUUUCGUCCGGAUGAUUCAUCUUCGUUUAUACGCCAUUUUGUACAAAUUAAGUUAGUUCCAUAAUAGCAGUAGCAGUGUAGCAGCACGAGAUACUAACCGUAAGGCAGACGAAUGUUAUCGAGCAAAGGAAUCUAAACGGAAACCUAACGGAAACGACGGCGUUUGUAAGUGUGUGUGUGUGCGUGUGUGUGUAAAAUAGUUUGGUGGGAGAGAGUCGAUGAUGCACGUGUUGGUACGCGUUUUGCAGAGACCGUGUGUGGUUGUGCAAAAAGCGAUCGGCAAAUAAUGAUGUUAAAAUAAAAUUAGAAAUACUUAUUACUCUA